UCAUCAUAUAUGAAUUACCAAGCCUUUCGAACCUACAAAUAAUAGCUAGACGCCUUUGUCUGACCAGCUGUCGUCUUCCCCAGUCUAUGAAACGUGCACAGCAAGCUUUUUUCGACGCCCAUCUGCUGUUUGCAAGAUCUUUUCCGCACGCUCAAAGGAGGUCCAGCACUGUUUCGAAAGCAACCAUGCCUCACGCAAUAGCAAAGGUCGGAGAUACCGUCGUUGCAGACACGGACAGUUAUGAGGUGGUGGAAGGCAAUAUCUACUUUCCGCCCUCUUCAAUUACCAAGUCCUACUUCACACCUACCGACACCACCACGUUCUGUCCUUGGAAGGGUAAUGCAUCCUACUAUACUAUUGCAGUUGAUGGGAAAGAACUGAAGGAUGCGGCGUGGUAUUACCCGGAAGUGAAGGAGAAGGCGAAAAAUAUCGAGGGAUAUGUGGCGUUCUACAAAACAAAAGUCGAUAUUACUUCCGAAUGAAAGAGGCGAAGGGUGGACGCUGGCUGUUGCAGUUCUGACGAGAGUGUAAGAGGCCUCGAAGAAACAAGACCGAAGCGUUCUUCACGUCCUGGAAAAGGCG